AAAUUUUUUCUGGCCACAGAACGAAGAACCGGAGCCGCUCACGGCCACACCGCCGAGCGACGCUUCUCUUCCCUCCAUCUCCCGACGCCCGGUAUCACCGAAAACACGAAUCCCAUACCCACCUCACCUGCACUUGCUCGCUCCGAUCAGGGGCAUCGCCGGAGCCGGAGAUGGCGGCCAUCAGGACGACGACGGCCAUGGUCCUCCGGGAAAUGUUCGCUCGGCCCCUCUUCCCGUCGCCGGCCGUCGGAAGGAUUCGCCCUCCGUUGCCGUGCCUCGGCGCCGCGCGGCGAGGGAUCGGGUUCACCCGGAUACGCUGCGCCGCGUCGGGGGGCGCCGGAGAGAAGAGGGCACCCUCUCGGCUCGCACAGGUCCAGCAGCUCCUGCAGGAGGCCGAGGAGCGAGCUCUCUGCGCCGGCGACGAGCCGACCCCGAAGAUAACUCUCGACCAUGUCACUGUGAGUUUUGCAAGAAGUGGUGGUCCAGGAGGUCAAAAUGUGAACAAAGUGAAUACUAAGGUUGACAUGCGCUUCAAUGUGAAAAAUGCAUAUUGGCUAAGUGACAGGAUCAGGGAGAGGAUAAUGCAAACGGAAAAGAAUCGAAUCAAUAAGGAUGGUGAAAUUGUGAUCUCUUCAACGAAAACUAGAACUCAGAAGGGGAACAUUGACGACGCUCUAGGAAAGCUACAGGCAAUUAUUGAUGCUGCUUCUUACGUCCCACCACCUCCUUCAGAAGAGCAGAAGAAGAAGAUGGCCAAGAUGGCUGCUAUUGGAGAGCAGAAACGCUUGAAGAGUAAAAAGGCGCUCUCAGAUAAGAAGGCAUUUCGCAGAAGUAGAGACGGCUGGGAUUGACACAGAAAGGGGUUCUGUAGCUGUUAGUCUAAAAUUGAUGGACCGAAUCCCCUUUUGAUUCGUCAACCGUUGUCAUUGACCAUCUGAGAAUAGUAGCAAUGGAUAUGUUUCAUGUAGCAUUGAUUAGCAAGUACCAUUUGCGGUAAGUUCGUGAAGAUAAAGAAUCAGAGCUACAGAUCAUUCAACUAGGUCGCGCUGACACCCUCAAUGAUCAAGCUGCUGGAAGAAGUCCAACCUUUAAUAGACAUAUAUGUUUCUUCGUUGUUGCUUGUGAAAUUUCGAGCGGGCAACUUCAUAUACAGAGUCAGUAGAGAUUUUUCGAGACUGUAUUGUUAAAACUUUUCUUCUGUUCGGGUGAUCAAUGAAUGAUUCAGUCUGGAUCUUUCUUUUUUGUCA